UGCGCAGGCUCAUUGCUAUAUUUGUAGAAUCCAAAAUGGCGAUGGAAACAGUACCAAAAGAACUGAGAAACCUUCGUGCAUGUUUAAAUUGCUCACUUAUCAAGACCUUAGAACAGUUCGAAUAUUCUGGAUGUGAUAACUGUGAGAGAUAUUUGAGACUAAAGAACAAUAAAGAAAAUAUUUUAUCCUGCACAAGUCCAAACUUUGAUGGUUUGGUGUCUAUGAUAAGUCCUGAUGAUAGUUGGGUUGCAAGAUGGCAAAGAAUAGAUAACAUGGCCAAAGGCUGUUAUGCAGUAUCUGUAAGUGGAAAACUUCCAGGACAUGUAAUCAGAGAGCUUAAAGCUAGAGGAAUAACAUAUAAAAGCAGAGACAGAACAAAUCUAUCUUAAAAUGCGGAAGGCUUGCAUUUCAUCAAUGAAAUAUUUGGUAGAUGAUGUGGUGUCCUUUGUGUUCAUGAUACUUCAUUGAUGUUUCGUGGAUUUAAUACUGCCCCUCUGAGCUAAAUGCUGCUUUUGUAUAUUAUGAACAUUUUGUGUUUGAAAAUGCUGCUAUUUAUUUAUAAAAGAAAAUGAUAGCAAAAAUAUCUUUUCCUGAUUUAUAGUGAAACUUUCAGCAAUAGUUCAGUAAAUUUAUCUGUAUUGUACAUGUACAAAUUUCCUUCAAACAUCAUUUUAUAACCAUAAUUUUGAAGCUUCAAUGGGCUUGACAAUAGAUUAUACACAAUAAAAUAAUAUUUUAUAACAUGAUUUUUGUGAGCGUCG